CACAUUGUUUUACACGAACAUCAGAAGUUCAUUUCAAUCGCAAUGAUCAGCAUCAAAGCCCGCCGUGGCGCCAGAGGAAUCCGCCGUGUAAAGAGUGGUUGUUCGACGUGCAAAACCAGGCAUAAGAAGUGCGACGAGCUGAAACCGGUCUGCACUCCAUGCAGAGAGUCUGGCUGGAAGUGUGGCUUCCUAGACAAGACGAUUCCCUCCUCCCCAACUUGCACUCUUCGGCUUGCCGACUCCGACACGAUGCACUUCGAGUAUUUCCGACUUAUCUGUGCUCCAGAGUUCUCCCUUUUCUUUGAGAUGCACACAUGGUCCGGAAUUGUGCUGCAUGCGGCUUACACUGACCAGUCGUUCCGCCGCAUCGCUCUUGCCGUAGGUGCCCUCAGCCGAAGUCGCUACAUAAAGUCUGGCCAGCACCAACCUGCAGAAAGUUACGCUCUGCGCCAAUAUAACAUGGCAAUCAGAGAGCUUAGCCUACUAGACCACUCACCUGAAAAUGUCCUACGCAUUGUCCUGGCUUGCAUAACUUUGAUUGUCCUCGAAUUCCUUCUCGAAAACUACAGUAGGGUUGAAAUCCAUAUGCGUAGCGCGGUGUCCAUGCUUAGCGCACUCCAACGAGGAUUUGAUAUCCAGACAACAUUCUAUCUUCAAGCCAUUACCUACAUUCAAGACACGAUGUCUGUUUACUAUUGAGGCACCCUGUCAAAGAUGUCCUCAGCCAGCCCCAUAUAAUCU